AUGAGUGAAAGUAUUGAUAUAAAUGAUAUAAUCACUCUGAAUAGGUAUUUUCAUUUAAUAUGAAGAAACAUCUAUGGAACUUAAUAGUAGAACAAGGAAAGCAAGAUACUUCAAAAACCUGCAGAUGAUUCUAGUCUCACUAUUGAUAACAUUUUAAAAGGAAAUCAGUAUGAAAUUAUAUCUAAACAUUAGAGCAUUAUAUGCUCCAGUCGCAGUUAAGCCAGAAUAAAUAAAUGAAAAGAUUGCAGAGGAAUCAGCAGAAGAAAAGACUGACUUCUUUCAAGAGGUGUAAUUAUUAAGUAAAAUCCCUGAAAUAACUUCUCUCAAUUCAAUCUACAAUUAUAAGACAAUUUUUAAGAAUGAUGGAAUCCCUUAUGAUGAGGUAAAAAAUUUAGAUAAAAGUACAUAAUUAAUCAAUAGAAAUAGCAAGGAUCAAAAGAAAAGAAAGAGAAUAAAAAGGAAGCGAAACAUCUAUAGCAAAGGAAGCAGUUGUUGUCAAAAAACAAUAUGUUAGACUUUACAAAAAUUAAAUCUCAAAAUUAUGUUUUAUCACUCCAAAAAGUUUAUUAUUGACCAGCAAACAUUUAGUGAACAAUACCAAGUGGGAAAAACUAUUAAAUUUAUAAGAUUUCGGAGGUUAACGACCAUCAUUGUCAAUAGUGCAAGAAAAAACAACUGGCCGCUUUUACAUCUACGAUAAUAAAUUAGGGAAGGUUCAUAUAUAUAGUUCAGAUAUGUUAAUAAAUGAUAAUAAGGAUAAGCCACUUGUGUCCUUGAAUUUAAAUGAAGACAAGCCAAGACAAGAUCCACUUCUAUAUUUGAUAGAGUGUGAACACGAAUAUCAAUGGAAGAGUGUCUUACUUGUUAUAGGAGGACAUCAACUUUAAAGGGGAGAGAAGAAGCCUCUUAAAACAAUCAAAGUUUUUGAGAUCAAAAGAAGAGAAGUCACCCUCACUCCUGUUCUAACUAUAACUAUGACUAAAUCAAGAAUGAAUCCAAUCGUAUUUGAUUUAAUUAAAGAUAAAGGAAUUAUUUGGCAAGAUAAAGACAACAGAGAUAAAGAAAAGUUUGAUCCAUAACAUAGAUCAGUUGAUUCUAAAUAUAUAUUUUUUAUGGGUGGCAAUCCUCUUUUGGAAUAUGAAAAAGAAAUAAGUUAAGAAUUAAUUGAAGCUAAUUAAACAUGUGAAUAUGUGAGUUUGAAAUUAGUAUUAGAACAUAUUGCUAGAGCAAAAUUAGUAAUAGUAAAUUUAUAAUUAGUUUUUUUAAACCGAUUAAGCUAAUUUAGGAUUGAAUUUUGGUAAAUUUUCGAUUGUUGAUACUCUAACAAUUAAAUAUUAAAACAUUGUAGCUACAUAAAAGGUUUAUAACCAUUUUUAUAAUGCUUCUGUCACUAAAAUGGUUGACGAAGUCUUUCAAUAAAAGGCAUUAAUAGUAGUUGGAGGAAAUACUUGUUAGACUUUUCAAAUAUAAGCCAUAUCAUUUAAAUUAAAUGAAAUUACUUUGAUUGGUUAUAAUAAACAAAUAUCGAAUCCUUCUCUCAUUCAUUCAGCAAGUAAUUUAAGGUUUGAUUUAUUUCAUAAUUAGAUAUUUUGAAAAAAAGGUCUGGUAUUUUGAUGACACAAACAAAAAAGAUCCGAUGGUCUUGAUGAAUAUGGAUUUUAGAAGAGAUAUAAAAACAUCCUGUACUUGUUCAAUCAUGUGA